ACUCAUCUUUCUCAUCAGCACAAGAUCCAACAAGUAGCUGCCUCAAUCAAAUUUGGUUGCCAACAGUAGCUCCAACUCACUCAUCAAAACAGCGUCCGUCAACUCCAGCGCAGAAGUUGUCUUGCUCAACUCCUCCAACCCUAGACUCUCACAAUUUCACAUUUCAAGUCUCUUUUAUCAGAAAAAUUCCAACAUGAAGGUUCUCUCUCUCUUUGCUGCUACCAUCGCUGCUGUCAGCGCUUUUGCCCCAUCCACCACAACUCCAUUGAGGACACCAACACAACUAUUUUCUGAAGACGAGGGUUCCGAGGGAGAAAGAGCUCAGAUUCAGUUUGUCAGGGGUUUGGAAGAAAAGUCAAUCCCUCAAGUCAAGUUGACCAGGGCUCGCGAUGGAUCUUCGGGAAUUGCUACAUUUUUGUUCAACAAUCCAAAUGUUUUUGAUGCCAGCACCGCCUCUCAAGGAGAAAUUACUGGAUUGUUCAUGUCGGACGAAGAAGGAGAAAUCAGCACUACGGAUGUCAAUGCAAGAUUUUCCAAUGGCAAGCCCCAAUCAAUUGAAUCUGUCUAUGUCAUGAAGAGCCCGGAAGAGUGGGACCGAUUCAUGCGAUUCAUGGAACGAUAUGGUGAAGCCAAUGGAUUGGGCUUCAGCAAGGCCUAAAAAGACAAAAAGCUAUUAGCAGGCAGACAUCCAAGCAUCGCCCACACCGACGACAAACAUUCUUGGCAAAACCCCCGAUAGCAACAGCAAACGGAGCCGACCACUAGAUCAACCAAGAAAAUAUUCUACUAACUACUAAGUAAACAACUUUUCAAAUG